AUGGGUAUUUCCCGUGACUCGCGCCACAAGCGCCGCCUGACUGGUGGUAAGCACCCUUACUUCCGCAAGAAGAGGAAGUUUGAGCUCGGUCGCCAACCCUCCAUGACCAAGCUCGGCACGAAGCUUGUGCGCCCCGUUCGCGUCCGCGGUGGAAACUUGAAGAUGCGUGCUCUUCGUCUCGAAACCGGCAAUUUCUCCUGGGGCUCUGAGGGUUUCUCCGGCAAGUCGCGUAUUCUUAACGUCGUUUACAACGCUUCGAACAACGAACUGGUCCGUACCAACACCCUUGUGAAGGGGUGCAUCGUUCAGAUCGACGCCACCCCAUUCCGGCAGUACUACCACAGGCACUAUGGCAUCGAUAUUGGAAAGAAGAAGGCCGGCGAGGGUGCUGGCGAGGUCAUUUCAGCGAAGAGAGCUGAGAAGCAAAAGAAGCGCGCGGAAGGUCGCUUGGAGCUCGACCAGGGUGUCGCCGAUUUAUUCCAAUCGGGACGACUUCUUGCAUCCCUUUCCUCCCGCCCUGGACAGUGCGGUCGCGCCGAUGGAUACUUGUUGGAAGGGAAAGAGCUUGAGUUCUAUACUAGGAUGAUGCAAAAGAAGAAGAAGGCUGGCAAAUAACUUGUUCUUUGUUGCGGUCUGGAUUGUGCCGUUGCACGCGGGAUAGCAUAUGCAUCGACGAUCGUAGAAUUCAGUCCUCUUGGCUGUAUGCAGUCUUUGUCUCUACGUUUUACGCCUCGCGCGAUCCAUGUUUUACUAAAGGAACUCGUAUAGUUGCUGUGCAAAACGCGUCCCAAAAAGCGAUUGGGCUCCUCGCAUGCCCACAGGAGUCGACUACGAAGUGAUGUCUUCUUUCCGCGAGGAGAUAGUGCAGGAGACGUGAACCAUCUGGACCACUUCCUACACAAAGGAGCGACUUCGUUCUUUGUGACUCUGAUAGCGAGCUCUCACCUCUAGUAGAAUUGAGGUUGAAGGAGAACUAGCUUCUGAAGGAGAACUGGCUCCUGAAGGGAGGUCUUAGCCAGGGAAUCUGAAUUGCUGCUUGAUAUUCAACCUCUCCGAAGUGUCUCUGGAGUGCGGAGGCCACCUGAGAAUCCAGAGAAACUGCGACAAGAAGACUUGUGUAGCGACAUCUUAAAACAGAGAGUAACAUGACUCCUGGCAUAGUUCCCGCAUCCAUUUUAGGAAUUUUGCUGCUACUAAACUGGCAACCAAGUUAUUCGAC